GUCAGCAAGAACAAAGCUUGGAAAGAAAAAGGCCGACGUUGGGAUCGAGAUUAUUAUUUUUUUAUUUAAUCCAAGAAACAUUGCUUGUUUUUUUUUUCUUGUUAACUAAUUCCUUGCCGUUGAACUCUGGCAUUUUCAAAAGGUCUCCUUUGCAAUUUCCUCAUUCAACGUCCCUGCUUACGUUUUCUUUCACCCGCGGAACAUCCCAAGGAAAACUUCUUCUCUUUUCCCUUUUGACUUCAUUACACUGCUUUCCUUUUUCCAUAGUCCUUUGUAUUUGCUGGUAGACCUGAAUUUGGGUUACGUUUUUGUUCUUUCUUGUUAUUAUAUUUAUACUCUCUGAUCUUUGUCUGAUUUAAAAUAUCAGAUAUCCUACACCUUUUUUUUUUUGUUUGAAUUACUUGGCAUUUCUGUUCAUUGAAUAGUUAUGGCUGUCUUUUCUUCCUCAUCCAAGCCUACUGAAUCCAUCAAUCAAAAUGUUAUUUCUGUAGAUGCUUUAUCACAAGAUGCCAACAAUAUGGCGCUCUCUGAUGAGUACCCUCAUGCCCCUAUCUAUCCUUAUGAAGUAGAAGGAAAUGAAGCUUGGGCUGGCUCUCUCCCAAAAGCACAGGCUCUUUAUGACCCUACUUUUGAGAAAGACUCAUGUGGUGUAGGCUUCGUCUGCCACGUCAAAGGCCAAGGCAAUCACAAAAUUGUCACCGACGCUCGUUUAUUAUUAUGCAACAUGACCCAUCGUGGAGCUACCGGCGCGGAUACCCGUGACGGUGACGGUGCUGGUGUAAUGACUUCUAUGCCUUAUACCUUCAUGCAAAAAGAAUUUAAACAAAUUCUUGGCCACGAUCUUCCUCAACCUGGUCAAUAUGCUACCGGUAAUGUGUUCUUUUCUCCUGAGCCCGAGGUAUGUCAGGAAGGUAUUGAAUUUUUUACCAAGAUCGCCGAAGAUCUUGACAUGGCAAUUCUUGGUUGGCGUCCCGUACCUUGCGACAAUAGUAUCCUUGGACCUGCUGCUCUUUCUCGUGAACCCACCAUCUUGCAGCCCAUGAUUGUAUACAGACCUGUAUACCAAGGUGAUGUCGAGUUCGACGAAGUCCUCUUUGAAAAACAACUCUAUCUUCUUCGCAAACGAAGUACGCAUCAGAUUGGAAAAGAAAAAUGGUUUUACAUUUGUUCUCUUAGUCGCGACACUAUCGUUUACAAAGGUCAAUUGGCUCCAGUCCAAGUGUAUAAUUACUUUUUAGACUUAAAUAAUGCCGAAUAUGUCUCUCACUUUGCUCUCGUUCACUCCCGUUUCUCCACAAAUACUUUCCCCUCAUGGGACCGUGCUCAACCUAUGCGUUUGGCCGCUCACAACGGUGAGAUUAAUACACUAAGAGGCAAUAAGAACUGGAUGCGUGCUCGUGAAGGCUUAUUAAAAUCAUCCAAAUUCGGCGAUCAGUUAUCUUCUUUGCUGCCUGUUAUAGAACGCGGCGGUUCCGAUUCCGCUGCCUUCGAUAAUGUGUUAGAGUUACUUUGCGUUAAUGGUACAGUUUCCUUGCCUGAAGCUGUCAUGUUGUUGAUCCCAGAAGCUUGGCAAAAUGACAACAGUCUCAGUGAUGAAAAAGCAGCUUUUUACGAAUGGGCGGCUUGCCAAAUGGAGCCCUGGGACGGUCCCGCCUUGUUCAUUUUUGCCGAUGGACGUUAUUGUGGCGCCAAUCUUGACCGUAAUGGCUUACGCCCUUGUCGUUAUUAUUUGACUUCUGACGAUAUGAUGAUUUGUGCCUCUGAAGUUGGUACAGUCGGCGUUGAGCCUGAAAAAGUUAUUCAAAAGGGACGCCUUUGUCCAGGCCGCAUGCUUUUAGUCGAUACCAAAGAAGGUCGUAUCGUAGACGACAAAGAACUUAAGCACAAUAUGGCAAAUCGUUACGAUUUCCGUAGCUGGAUUGAUCAAGAGCUUUUGGACAUGAACGACAUCGUAGACACUUUAGUUGAACAAAGCAAUAUCGAUCUCACUUCUGGUGUAGACAAUGAAGCUCUAGGGGAUGACAAGCAGCUCCUAGCUUUUGGUUAUAAUUUAGAACAAAUCAAUAUGGUCAUUGGGCCUAUGGCGAGUGAUGGUAAGGAAACUCUUGGUAGUAUGGGUAACGAUGCCGCCAUUGCAUGUCUUUCUGGUGAGCCACGUCUUCUAUAUGACUACUUUCGUGAGUUGUUUGCUCAAGUUACCAACCCUCCCAUUGACCCUAUCCGUGAAGCAAUUGUUAUGAGCUUGCAAUGUUAUGUUGGUCCAAGUGGCAAUCUUCUUGAAAUAGACCCUUCUCAAUGCCGUCGCUUACGUCUUCCUACCCCCAUCCUUACUUUGGAGGAGUUGAAUGCUAUGAGGAAUGUCACUCACCUCCAUCCUGAUUGGAAAGUUGCUUCCAUUGAUAUUACCUUUGGUAAAAGCGAAGGACCAGGCGGAUAUGCUGCUGCUCUUAAUCGCAUUUGUUCCGAAGUUGUUAAUGCUAUAGAAAAUGAUUACAAAGUUGUAAUUCUUUCCGAUAGAGGUGUAAACUUUGAGCGUGUUCCGUUGUCAUCUGUUGCUGCUUGUGGUGCUGUUCAUCACUUCUUAGUCCAACAGAAGUUACGUUCACGCAUUGCUCUUGUGUGUGAAUCUGGUGAUGCUCGUGAAGUUCACCAUGCCUGUAUUCUUCUGAGUUAUGGUGCCGAUGCUCUUUGCCCUUAUUUGGCUAUGGAAGCUAUUAUCAAGCUUCAAAGACAAAAUGCGUUAAAACCUGGUGUUACUGAAGAAAAGGCCCUUGAAAAUUACAAGCACGCGAUGAAUGGUGGAAUCUUGAAGGUUAUGUCUAAAAUGGGUAUUUCCACUCUUCAAUCUUACAAGGGUGCGCAAAUUUUCGAAGCUCUUGGUAUUGAUAAUGAAGUAGUCAAGAGAUGCUUUAUGGGCACUGCAUCUCGUAUCCGUGGCGUCACUUUCGAACACAUUGCUUUGGAUGCUUUGGCUUUUCAUGAACGCGGUUAUCCUAGAAGUGACUCUAUCCUUAGUUUGAAUAUCCCUGAUAUGGGUGAUUAUAACUACCGUGAUGGUGGUGAAGAACAUGUCAACCAUCCCAAAGCAGUUGCUUCUCUUCAAGAAGCCGUUCGCAACAAGAACGAGGCAUCUUAUGCUGAAUUUGCUAGGACUCAUUAUGAACAGACCAGGAAAUGUACUCUUCGAGGAAUGCUUGAUUUCGAUGUCGACCCAUCCCAAUCGAUCCCUAUUGAGCAAGUUGAACCGUGGACAGAAAUUGUUCGCCGUUUCUGCACUGGUGCUAUGUCUUACGGUUCGAUAAGUAUGGAAUCACACUCCACCCUGGCUAUUGCGAUGAACCGUAUUGGUGGUAAAUCUAACACUGGUGAAGGAGGAGAAGAUCCUGCUAGAAGCCAGCACUUAAGCAACGGUGAUACUAUGCGUUCUGCUAUCAAGCAGAUUGCGUCUGGUCGUUUCGGUGUUACCUCCUACUAUCUAAGCGACUCUGAUGAGCUUCAAAUUAAGAUGGCUCAAGGUGCUAAACCGGGUGAAGGUGGUGAGCUUCCUGGUAAUAAAGUCAGUGAAUCUAUUGCUAAGACUCGUCACUCUACUGCUGGUGUUGGUUUAAUUUCUCCUCCUCCUCAUCAUGAUAUCUACUCCAUUGAAGAUCUAAAACAGCUUAUUUACGACUUGAAAUGUGCCAACCCUCGUGCUCGCGUUUCUGUUAAAUUGGUUUCUGAGGUUGGUGUUGGUAUUGUCGCUUCAGGGGUUGCUAAAGCUAAGGCUGAUCAUAUUGUUGUAUCAGGACAUGAUGGCGGUACAGGUGCCUCUCGUUGGACUGGUAUUAAAUAUGCUGGUUUACCUUGGGAACUUGGAGUUGCCGAAACUCAUCAAACUUUGGUAUUAAAUGACCUUCGUGGUCGUGUCGUUAUUCAAACUGAUGGUCAGAUUAAGACUGGUCGUGAUGUUGCCAUUGCUUGCUUGCUCGGUGCAGAAGAGUGGGGUUUUGCUACCACUCCUCUCAUUGCUUUGGGUUGCAUAAUGAUGCGUAAAUGCCACCUCAAUACUUGUCCAGUUGGUAUUGCUACUCAAGAUCCUGAGUUACGUAAGAAAUUUGAGGGACAACCCGAACAUGUCGUCAACUUUUUCUAUUAUGUUGCUGAAGAGCUUCGUGAAAUUAUGGCUAAGCUCGGCUUUCGCACCAUUAAUGAAAUGGUGGGCCGUUCUGACAAGCUGAAGGUUGCUGAUCCAGUUAAUGCUAAAUCCAAGUUACUUGACUUGUCUCCUUUAUUGACGCCUGCUUUCACUUUACGACCUGGUGCUGCCACAUAUAACAUUCGCAAGCAGGACCAUAGACUUUACACGAGAUUGGAUAAUAAACUAAUUGACGAAGCUGAACCUAGUUUAGAAAGCGGUAUCCCAUCCGUCGUUGAAUGUGAAAUUAUAAACACUGAUCGUACCUUGGGUGCUACUCUUUCAAAUAAAAUUAGCAAGCGUUAUGGCGAAGAAGGUUUACCAGCCGACUCCAUUUGUGUAAAUGUCUUUGGUUCUGCUGGUCAAUCAUUUGGUGCUUUUUUGGCUCCUGGUGUUACCUUACAACUAGAAGGCGAUUGCAAUGAUUACGUUGGUAAAGGCUUGUCUGGUGGUCGUCUAAUUAUUUUUCCCCCAAAAGCUUCUCCAUUCAAACCUGAGGAAAACGUAAUUGUUGGAAACGUUUGUUUAUAUGGUGCCACAUCCGGUCAGGCUUUUAUUUCAGGUGUCGCUGCUGAACGUUUCGCCGUUCGUAACUCUGGUGUUGUCACUGUUGUUGAAGGCGUUGGCGACCAUGGGUGUGAAUACAUGACGGGCGGUCGUGUUGUCAUUCUUGGUUCCACUGGUCGUAACUUUGCUGCUGGUAUGUCUGGUGGUAUCGCUUAUGUCUAUGACAAUCACAUGGACUUUUCUAAAAAGGUGAACCUAGAAUUGGUAGAACUCAAUGCCAUCUCUGACGCUGCUGAAAUAGCCUACUUGAAGGGUCUCAUUCAAGACCAUCGUCAUUUGACUGGUUCGCAGGUGGCUGAUCGCAUUUUGAGCGACUUCCCUCGCAACUUAAGUAGGUUUGUUAAGGUUUUGCCCAGAGAGUUUAAAGCUGUCCUGGAACGUGAGGCCGCUAAGAAAGAGGAAGCUAAGCGUCUUCAGUACCCUAAGGCUUUUAUGCCUGGUAAUCCUAUCCGCCAACAACUGGAGGAAUCGAAUCGUGAUGCCGCUAUAACAGAUGUUGAGGAUACUUUAGGUACUCCUGUCAAAAAGAGCCCUCCUCUUGACAAGCUACGUGGAUUCAUGAAAUAUCAACGUCGAAGCGAACACUACCGUAACCCACACAAGCGUACCAAUGACUGGAAGGAGAUUUCUGUGCGUCUCAAGGAAGACGAGCUUCGCCUCCAGACUGCUAGAUGUAUGGACUGUGGUACUCCAUUUUGCCAAUCUGAUUAUGGAUGUCCCGUCUCCAACAAAAUUUUCACUUGGAAUGACUUAGUUUUCAAAAAGCAAUGGAAGGAAGCGUUGGUGCAAUUACUUAUGACCAAUAACUUCCCCGAGUUUACUGGCCGCGUAUGCCCCGCUCCUUGUGAGGGUUCUUGUGUUCUGGGUAUCAUUGAAUCUCCUGUAGGUAUUAAGAGCGUCGAACGUGCAAUUAUUGAUAAAGCAUGGGAGGAAGGUUGGAUAAAACCCCAACCCCCUGCUAACCGUUCUGAUAAGCGUAUCGCUGUUAUAGGUUCUGGUCCUGCCGGUCUUGCAGCCGCUGAUCAGUUGAAUCAUGCGGGUCACCAUGUCGUUAUAUUUGAGCGUGCUGAUCGUCCUGGAGGUUUAUUACAGUACGGUAUUCCCAAUAUGAAGUUGGAUAAGUUCGUGGUAGACCGCCGUAUCAAAUUGAUGAUUGACGAAGGUGUCGAGAUAAUAACUAACGUGGAGAUUGGUGGCCCCGGUGAUGUUUCUCUUGAAGAGUUGCAAAGUACCUACGAUGCUGUAAUAUUAGCUACGGGUUCCACUGUGCCUCGUGACCUUGCCAUUCCCAACCGUGAUGCCAAAGGUAUUCAUUUUGCCAUGGAAUUUCUUCAUCAGAACACCAAGAGUUUGCUUGACAGCAAGCUUGAAAAUGGUGAAUACAUUAAUGCUAAGGACAAGGAUGUUAUCGUUAUUGGCGGUGGUGACACUGGUAAUGAUUGCUUGGGUACAAGCGUACGUCAUGUUGCUAGAAGCGUUCGCAACCUCGAAUUGCUUCCCAUCCCCCCUCGCGAACGCGCCUUUGAUAAUCCAUGGCCACAAUAUCCUCGUGUUUUCCGGGUUGAUUAUGGACACGCUGAAGUUCAAGCUCAUUAUGGGCAAGACUUCCGUGAAUACUCAAUUUUGACAAAGAGUUUUGAGAAGGAUGAAGAUGGAAACGUUAAGGGUAUCCAUACUGUUCGUAUUGAGUGGACCAAGAACAGUAAGGGCCGCUGGAUUAUGAAGGAAGUCAGAAACUCUGAAGAGUUUUUCCCAGCCGACUUGGUUAUUCUGGCCUUGGGUUUCUUGGGUCCCGAGGAACAGGCUACAGCCCGUAUGGACAUUCGACGAGAUGCGCGUUCCAACAUUAGCACUCCUAAUAAGUCUUACCAAACCAGUGUUCCUAAUAUCUACGCCUGUGGUGACUGCCGUCGUGGCCAGAGUUUGGUUGUUUGGGGUAUCCAAGAAGGCCGUCAGUGCGCCAGAGAAAUUGAUUUGCAGCUGUCUAGCAAUUCUUAUCUGCCUGCUGACGGUGGUGUUGUUAAGCGUAAUAUAGCCAUCUAAAUGUUGUCAAAUAACUUAAAUUAAAAGAUGUUGCAAGUCGCUGGUCGAGUUUCGCAAAUAAAUACUUAUGUUUUUACAUCAGAUUAUACGUGAAUGUGUUGCAGGUUUCAUUUGAAGCUAUGGAUAUAUAUUUAAUUAACCAUCUUGAAAUUCAAGGUAAUUAAUUAUUCCGCGCGUUAAAUGUAGAUGUUUUAUCUUGAUAGAAUAGAUCUUUUCAAAAUAAUUAUAUACUUUAAUUUAAUUACUCUUAUAAUAUAACUUGUUAAUUAAUUAAGUUAAGUCGGUUAUAGGCAGAUAUAAUAAGAUGACUUGUUGACCA